ACAUUAGAGAAAUAGAGAGGAGGUGGCAGCAAAGCCAGAAAGCAUCAUCAGACUCUUCAGACCCAUUAGUAUUAUCCAUGCACAGGAGAAAGAAUCUGCUACCCUUGAAAAAAAAAUAUUAAAGAAAAUAUCAAAAAAUGACCCUCCGAAGUCCAAAUUACUAUCACCCCAUCUAGAGAAAAAAAUUAAACUCUCUUUUAGUCUUUUAUUCCACUCUUUGAAAUCUUAUAUCUUUGUUGUUCUUCAUUUCACCACUAUUUUAGAGAGAAAACACAAACACAAACCCUUUCUUCUUUUUGUUGUCUCAAAAUGAUGAGUGCAAGUGCAGGUGCAAGAAAUAGGUCUCCGUUCACACAAACUCAGUGGCAAGAGCUUGAGCAACAAGCUCUUGUUUUUAAGUACAUGGUUACAGGAACACCUAUCCCACCAGAUCUCAUCUACUCUAUUAAAAGAAGUCUAGACACUUCAAUUUCUUCAAGGCUCUUCCCACAUCAUCCAAUUGGGUGGGGAUGUUUUGAAAUGGGAUUUGGCAGAAAAGUAGACCCAGAGCCAGGGAGGUGCAGAAGAACAGAUGGCAAGAAAUGGAGAUGUUCAAAGGAGGCAUAUCCAGACUCAAAGUACUGUGAAAGACACAUGCACAGAGGCAGAAACCGUUCAAGAAAGCCUGUGGAAGUUUCUUCAGCAACAAGCACCGCCACAAACACCUCCCAAACAAUCCCAUCAUCUUAUACCAGAAACCUUUCCUUGACCAAUAACAGUAACCCCAACAUAACACCACCACCACCACCCUCUUCUUUCCCUUUCUCUCAUUUGCCCUCUUCUAUGCCUAUUGAUCAGUCCCAACCCUUUUCCCAAUCCUACCAAAACUCUUCUCUCAAUCCCUUCUUCUACUCCCAAUCAACCUCCUCUAGACCCCCAGAUGCUGAUUUUCCACCCCAAGAUGCCACCACCCACCACCUAUUCAUGGACUCUGCUGGCUCUUAUUCUCAUGAUGAAAAGAAUUAUAGCAGGCAUGUUCAUGGAAUAAGGGAAGAUGUGGAUGAGAGAGCUUUCUUCCCAGAAGCAUCAGGAUCAGCUAGGAGCUAUACAGACUCGUACCAACAACUAUCAAUGAGCUCCUACAAGUCCUAUUCAAACUCCAACUUUCAGAACAUUAAUAAUGAUGCCACCACCAACCCAAGACAGCAAGAGCAGCAACUACAACAACAACAACACUGUUUUGUUUUAGGGACAGACUUCAAAUCAACAAGGCCAAGCAAAGAGAAAGAAGCUGAGACAACAACAGGUCAGAGACCCCUUCACCGUUUCUUUGGGGAGUGGCCACCAAAGAACACAACAACAGAUUCCUGGCUAGAUCUUGCUUCCAACUCCAGAAUCCAAACCGAUGAAUGAUGUUUUUUUUCUAGUUAUUAUUAUGAGCUGGUGCAUACGGCCAAGAGAGAGAGAGAGAGAGACUUGUUGUUGAUAAAGAUCAUCAGUGUUUUGUGGCUGGGGUGAUUUUCUUUUGCAAAAGGUGUGAUGUUAUUGCGUUAUGUAGGGGACCACAGUAGGAUUUGUGCCUUUGCUUUUCUAGAUAUUUAUAUUUAUAUAUUUAUUAUAUAUAUGUUUCUUUUCUUUCUUCCCCUUGAAGAAAUGUUCAACAAAAAAAAAAAAAAAAACAUGUCUCAGAUUUGCACACUAUGUUUGUUUGACUGGAAAGCAUAUUAAGUUGCUCUGCAGUCUGCUUUAUAAUGGGUGGUAGCAAGGACAAUGCAAAUAAGUUCUCUGA